CGAUAUUAGUUUAAGGCAGAGCUGAUAACAACAAGGGGCAUUAGAGAACACAUCAUAUCUGUGAGGAUGAAGACUUUGAGUGCUGCUCUUGUUUUGCUGAGUCUCAUCUCAGUGGGCCAGCCUGCAUCGCUGGCCUGUGAGAAGCUGUUAAAGCCAGUCGAUCAACGUCCAGAUCUGCCUGGGAGGUGGUACUUCAUAGCUGUGUCCACAGAGUUUUGCCUGACUUCAACAUUAGUCAGUGCUUUAUUUUCCCCAAGUGCUGCAGUGGAUGUAAUUUCUAAGGGCACACCAAACCUCUAUGGUGAUACUACUUAUUUGAAAGCAAAUGGAGUUUGUAUCAACGGAACCACAACAUUUAUCUAUGCAAACAGCAGCAUAUUUGAAGUUGACAGUGAAAAUGCAGAUGCCACAGCUGAUAAACCAGACGUGCUGCUGCAAACUGGCUGUCCUGACUGCCUCGUCACUAAAGAGGAUAAAAGUCAUCUUUUGCUCUUCAGUAGACGAACAGCUGUUUCUGCUGCUGAGCUGACGGAGUUUGAGACACAGGCAGAGUGUCUGGGCUGGUCCAAACCCCAACUCUUCAACACUGAUCAUGACUAUGAAAAGUGUGCGCAGUUUGAUGAAGAUAUGGAUGAGGAUAAAUUCAGCCAAGUGCUUCAGAGUUUCUUUCAGAAGACGCUUGAAAGGAUGAAAACCACGUAUCACUUGUUAACCAAAUGCAUGGCAGAGGGUUUGAUUUCAUAUCUCCCCUCUUUGAUUUAAGAACUCAAUGUCCAGUGCUUGCUGAACAUUAUUUUCAUAUCUAAAAUAUGACUUUAAAUCUUUUAAUCACUGAAUUGAGCUUUUGUCUUCAUUUAGAAGUGCAAGUGUUUUUUUUUGUUGUUUGUUUUUUUAACAGACAUCAUGUAAUACAAAUAACAAACAACAAAAUAUCAAUGAUAGGAUAAUUGUGCAAACCAGGUAUUAUGUUCACCAUGACAAUUUGUGGCAUAACCGUAAAAAACAAUCACAAUUGGGGUGUAACCCACGAUGGCA